GGGCGUCAUGUCUGGGAUUUUGUCCAUUACAAUAACGCCGGAUUUUAACAGUAGAGCAACAGUGUUUCCUUGCUCCGCAAAGAGAGGUCCGCACGGUGCCGUUGCGCGCAAAUUUACAAAUUUGACUUCAAUUUAAAACUCGACCAAGUGAAGACAUUCUUUAAAACUAGCCUGACAAGAUUGAAAUGUUACAGUUUAGGUUUUCAACAGUGCUGAAGGAGUUGUCUCAAUCCAACCUCAAGCGUCCCUUGACAGGUAUUGCCAGGAGCAAAUCGUCAUCACCAAACCCACACUGCUUCAGAACCUCCUGUCCCGAUGCCAGGGUUAUUUCUAAGUUAAAGACUUUAAAUGCGGGGGUACACCGCCACCGGCCACUUUGCGCGGUACCUUGGACAAGGUCUUUCUGCACCAAAACCGAGGGAGCUAUAGAAUCGGCAGAACAGGUGAAGAAGGAUGAAGACUCCGCGACAUCCAAGAGAAGGAAGGCAGGCAUCCUGCCCAGCUUGGAGGAUCUGCUCUUCUACACCAUUGCAGAGGGACAGGAGAAAAUCCCAGCCCACAAAUUCAUUACGGCCCUGAAGGCUACUGGCCUGCGUACCAGCGACCCCCGGCUGAAGGAGUGUAUGGACAUGCUCAAGAUUACCCUCCAGUCCUCUGCAGACGGCGUCACACUGGACAAGCACCUCUUCAAGAAGUGUGUCCAGAGCAACAUUGUGCUGCUCACGCAGGCCUUCCGCAAGAAGUUUGUCAUCCCCGACUUCCAGUCCUUCUCCUCCCACAUCGACGAGCUGUACGAGAGUGCCAAAGACCUCAACGAAGGACAGGUAGAGGAGGCUAAGGUUGCUGACUACAUUCCCCAGCUUGCCAAAUUCAAUCCAGACCUCUGGGCCGUAUCCUUAUGCACAGUGGAUGGACAGAGGCACACGGUGGGCGACACCAAGGUGCCCUUCUGCCUGCAGUCCUGUGUGAAGCCCCUGAAGUACGCCAUCGCGGUGCACGACCACGGCACGGAGUACGUCCACCGCUUCAUAGGCAAGGAGCCCAGCGGCCUGCGCUUCAACAAGCUCUUCCUGGAUGAGGAUGAUAAGCCCCACAACCCGAUGGUUAAUGCCGGCGCAAUCGUGUGCACAUCACUUAUAAAGCAAGGAGCAAGCAAUGCCGAGAAGUUUGACUAUGUCAUGAACUUUCUGCAGCAGAUGGCAGGGAACGAGUAUGUGGGAUUCAGCAAUGCCACAUUCCAGUCGGAACGUGAGUCCGGAGACCGGAAUUUCGCCAUCGGCUACUACCUGAAGGAGAAGAAGUGUUUCCCAGAGGGGACUGACAUGACCUCAAUACUGGACUUCUAUUUCCAGCUGUGCUCCAUCGAGGUGACAUGUGAGAGUGCCAGUGUCAUGGCGGCCACGUUGGCCAACGGCGGCUUCUGUCCAAUCACGGGCGAGCGUGUGCUGAGUCCCGAGGCGGUGCGGGACACGCUGAGUCUCAUGCACUCCUGCGGCAUGUACGACUUCUCAGGACAGUUCGCCUUCCACGUGGGUCUGCCUGCUAAGUCUGGUGUGGCGGGGGGUAUUCUGCUGGUGGUUCCCAAUGUCAUGGGCGUCAUGUGCUGGUCUCCUCCACUGGACAAGAUGGGCAACAGUGUCAGAGGCAUCCAGUUCUGCACUGAUCUGGUGUCGGUCUUCAACUUCCACAACUACGACAACCUGAGGCACUUUGCCAAGAAGCUGGACCCCCGUCGCGAGGGCGGAGACCAACGGGUGAAGUCUGUCAUCAACCUGCUGUUUGCUGCCUACACUGGGGACGUGUCUGCACUCAGACGGUUUGCGCUGUCUUCCAUGGACAUGGAGCAGAGGGACUACGACUCUCGGACGGCUCUCCAUGUGGCAGCUGCUGAAGGCCACGUUGAGGUAGUGCGCUUCCUACUGGACGCCUGCAAGGUCAACCCAGUGCCCAAGGACAGGUGGGGAAACACUCCUAUGGACGAGGCGGUGCAUUUCGGCCACCUCGACGUGGUGACGAUCCUGCAGGACCACCACGAUAAGUACAACCCCCAGACCAAGGACCCCAAGGAGCCCGACGAGCACAACCUGGACGGCCUGCUGUAGUGACUCUCCAGUUCACCAGGGGGCAAUGUAGCUUAAGCUACGUUCACACACGUCACUACUAGUUACUUGCUCAGAGAGAAAAGUCAAUAGAAUGUUUAUGUGUUCCAGUGACGCGAGGUCAGGACAGGCGAGGAGAGUACAAGCGACACGAUGAGGGCGGAUUCCGAGAUAAAAAAUAGUUGAACUUUGAGCGAUGCAAGUAAGCGGAUUAUUGACAGUUUACUUCUCGCUUUUACAGUUAUGGUUAAAGCCGUGGGAACGUUAGCGAACGUUCUGUGAGCAAGUGGUGAGAAGCAAGCGACUAGUAGCAAUGUGUGUGAAUGUAGCUUUAAUGUGGCUACUAACCGCAAGAACACACAAAAGGCGACAAGAGCGGCAGCAGGGCCAGAAGUGAUUAACUUUAUAUAGAUGAGCUGGCAACAAAAGACACAAAAGCGAUUUUGCCGACAAGGAGGGAUUUGAGCAAUAGCUUGAAGUUGAACUUAAGCGAAUAUUAUGCUAUUAAUGAGCGCUGAUGCUUUUGUCGCUUGUGUCGUUCUCUGAAAUAGUCUUUCGAGGCGUUGUAGCUUUUGUCUUUUUUGGUGUGUUUGUGCAGUAAUCAGUCGGACGAGAACAUCCCAGAUGGCCUGCUGUAAAUCUCCUAUCCACCAGGGGGCAAUGUGCUUUUUAAUGUGGUAUUUUGUUCUACCAUAGAAUCUCAAGCAAGGCCCGGCUUUAUAUUCAAAGUAUUUUUGUUGGAGUCGUGUGAUGUCAUGUCAGUGCGAAUGUGGUGCUUACAGUACAUAUGUAGGUGUGAUAUAGAGAACACACACACACACACUUUCUCUUUCUAUCUCUCUUUCUCUCUCUCUCUCUCUCUCUCUCUCUCUCUCUCUCUCUCUCUCUCUCUCUCUCUCUCUCUCUCUUUCUUUCUCCCGCCCUCCCAACCUCUCUAUAUAUACAGUAUGUGCUCCUUUUUCUUUCAGUAUUUUUGACAGUACUGAAUGUUGCAAACAAUUGAUUGAAUGUGUAUGGAGAAAGCUUUUUAAAAAGUACAUUAUGAACAAAAAAACACAAACUCAUAUACGCACAUAACGGUAAAGGGUCAUUCUUAGGCCCUGACAUAAUCAUUUUCUCUCUGAGACACCUGAGCUACCACUAGAACAGGGCUUAGACCAUUAGUCAGGUGAUGUAGUCUAUCACACAAUGUUGUGAUCAAUUCUCUCUCUCUCUCUCUCUCUCUCUCUCUCUCUCUCUCUCUCUCUCUCUCUCUCUCUCUCUCUCUCUCUCUCUCUCUCUCUCUCUCGACGGUUGGUAACUAGGAAUGCGUGGGCGGGGGUGAUGGGUGGAUGAACUUCCACUUGAGUACAAAGGAAGCUUUGAUAUCCGUAAUACUCCAGACAUGCUGCUGUGGUGUAUGAGGAGAAAAAUAGAGAAAAAAAACCUACAUGUCUCGUUGUCUCAUGGGAGCUGAAGCACAAGACACUUUGGGUGAAAAUUCCCAAUUUAUCACCAUGAUCAGACAAGACAGGAGCUUUGUGCACUAUCUUACUCAGUGUAGUAGCCUAUAACCAGCAGAUGUAUAUUUACGUACAGUACCUUACAAGAAGUCUUCAUGUUUGCUUUUGUUGUUUUCAUAUGCAGUAUAUAUACUGUAGGCUACUGUACUGUAUGUGUACUUCAUAUACUUUGUAUGCAUACUUACAGCAUUUAUAUGCCUCUUGGAGUGUGGUUAGUGUUUAGUAUUGGAUGAGUAUUUUUAUAUUGUUUUGUAAACUUGUGGAAGCUGUUUAUGUGCAAUGAUUAAAACCAAAUGGGUAGAUGGGAGCUUUUAUGAUGACGUCCUAUUGUGAUACAUAAUAAUGUCAAUUCUGUAAUGGCGUAAACUAUAGUGUUCUAUUAUAAACUACAGGUGGAAUGCCACAUGUUUUGCUAAAGUAUGCAUACUACUGUUUUGAACCUUUCCAUGGUGUUAGAACUACAGUGUUCUGUAGUAGAAUUACUACGUAUUGUAAGGGUCCAAAACAUUAUAGUAGGCCUAUUUGUAAUAGUCAAUAUGUGGUAUACUAUUCAGUAGUUUAUUCAGGCAUAUAGUAUAUAUUAUAUUUUUGUCAUAUGGGUGAACUGUUUGUUCUGUCAUUCUGUAAUGUACAGUAGUUUUUGGGAGUCUAUGUGUCUUCCAGCAUUCACCAAAUCGAUACAAGGAUGUGUAUUUGUCUCAUGCAUAGGCAUACAGUUGAAGUAUGUUUACAUUGGGUAGAGUCAGUUUUAUAUUGAAAAUACAAAUGUGAUACAUCUGGCAAAGAUAGCCUUGUGGCAGAUGAGGACAUUAUUUUAACAACAAGGGUUGUUUUUCAGAUGGAUUACAUUUGUAAAUUAUUUAGAAUCUUAAAUGAAUGUCUAAUAUAAGACUGAAUUUACCAAAGUCGACAACGAGGCGUGAGGUCAGUGGACAAAGGUAACGAGUAUGGGGAAAUGAUUUGCACCAUCUGACAUGCAGUGAAGCUGACCUCACCACAAUGGCCGUCCUCUUUGACCAGUAGGCCUACUGAGGAACUGUUAAGUCAUGACCCCUCUCUUCAUUCCAGCUGACCUUUAAGACAAAGUUAGUGUUUGUUGGAGGGUGGGGAUGAGGGGGCAGUUAGUCCCAAGUUUGGAAAGUUAUUCACCUUAUUAUCUAUGGUUACGGGAGAGUGGCGGAAUUAUUUUGGUAGAAGUUGCUAGUGCUAAAUCAUUUGGAAGGGCUUUGGGCAGCCUGACAUGAAAUAACAGACCGGAAAUGCUGUGGUAGUGCGAAGAACGGUGACAUUGUUGGGGUUAGUGGGCGAGGUAAUAAGGUGGAUAGCAAGAGGUCCUCCUUCACUGUUUUUGAUGAGUUUGACGAAUGGGAUCUUGUUGUUCCCUGGUCAUCACUGACAAUGCCACUCAAAUACCCUUCAGUGUUCCAAUAAAGAACUUGAUACAGGAAGAGGUGUGAACAGGAGGAGACAGUCUUAAAUUGUUCAGUUUCAAAUAGUGUCAAAGAGCAAUAAGGGGUAAAUCGUAGUUUGAUCAGCUAUUGGCUUUUGUUUUGCCAAAAUUGCAGUGAAAAAAAACCUGAGCAAAGAGAGUAACACUCAGUACAGUUACAUGAACAGUAACGUGGAAUGUACAUGACUGCUUACAUAUAUGCCACAUAUUAGGAAAGUGGCUCUUUUCUCUUUUUCCCCCAUAUAAGAUUUGCAUUGCCAUGUUUGUUUUUUUUGUGGUUUUUUUAUAUUUAUUUUCUAAUGGGUAACCUCAGUCCACUGCUAUCCAUGCAGUAUCUCAAAUUAAUGGCGUGAGAAAUCCCCCCCUCUUGUUUUCUAGGCUCUAACCUGCCUUACACUAACCUGACUCUGGCCACCUGGUAUGUUUCGCCUCCGUCUCCAUGGUUUCGUGAGAACACCCUCGUGUGUAGUUUGGCGAAACGCAGCCAUAUGACACAAGUCAGGUUAGCCUCACACAGUCUUCUGUCAGACCUGAAUGUAGGCCUACUGUAUCACACAGCUGGUGAGGAUGGCUGCCCCCCGUUCAUAUUGAGCAGCUAUAGUGUCACAUUGGUGUGGACAAAACAGUUUAUGAAAAAUUCCUAAACAUGGCAAUAUGAAAAUGAUCUGUGUGAUUGUGGAGAAUUGAUUGUUAAAAAAACAAAGAUAUUUUGUUCCUACUGUCCAUAUUAUAAAUUACACCCAUGUCCCUUAAUUGUGUGUAAAUCUUACGGUUAAGCUUAUGUAUGACAAACAGACAUAUUUGUGUAACACAUAUAUUUAUUCAAAUGAACAAAAUGAAAUAAAGCAAAGUUAUUAAAACA